CCCCUUUUUUCUUUCCUCCAGUCGGACAGGACGUAUGACCUGAAAAUUGGGCAGCCCACUGUGUCUUACUUUUUGAAACAGGCCGCCGGCAUUGAAAAAGGAGCCGGAAAGACUGGGCAUGAGAUUGCAGGUAUGGUGACGGCGAGGGCCGUAUAUGAGAUUGCACUGGCCAAAUCACAGGAUGCCAGCAUUACGCUGCGAGACACCUCUAUGCUGAAUGUUGUCAAGAGCAUCAUCGGUUCAGCCAGAUCCCUCGGCAUCAAAGUUGUCAAUGACCUGUCACCAGAAGAGUACGGGGAGUUUCUCCGAGAGCGUGAGGAAAGACUGAAGGCAGAAGCCGAGGCAGCAGUUGCUGAGGCAGCAGCAGUAGUAAAGAAGAAAUGAAGAGCUGCUGUGUGCUAGUUGUUUAUCAAUGCAAAAGCCCCAUUCACGUAGAUUCGUCCUACUAUUCCGGACGUGUUUUUUUAUAAAAUGCUGCUCAUUUGCACCCAAAUGUAUUAAGGUGUAUUUUUUUCCUCUGUAUCUCUCAUUGUUGAUACUAUCCUACCUGCUGACUUUUUUCUACCUCCCCCACUUUCUCUUUUCUUUUCUCUGCCUCCUACAACCUUUUUUAGGCCUCUGAGCCACUUUCACCUACUCUUUCUCUCACAUCCAUUGGCUUACCCAUCUCUCCUAACUAACUCUGGGUAAUAAUCCAGAGUUUUUUAUAGCUGCCAUGUCUUUGACAUCUGUGCUGAAGUAGAUUUGCCCUUUGGCAACACAUUGACACAUUGCUGAUAUGCAUUGACAAAUAAGGACAGUUUUAAUCCUCAUUUAAAUGGAUUGGAUGCACCCAAACAGUUCCUAAUGGUUUUCUUGUAUUAAAAAAAAAAUGGGUUGAACACUGUGAACUA